AUGGGCUUGAAGUUGGGCCCGGAACAGCAGGCGUUCGGGGCCGAGGUCGACGCCAGCGGGUCGUCGCAACCACUCCCAGACCCACAGCUAAGGCCGACGAGAGAUGACGAGCCCGCGGUGGAGAAGCCUGUGAGGGAGGCGAUCGGAUGCCUCAUGUGGACGAAGCUGACGAGGCCAGACAUCACCCUGCCUCUGAACAAGCUCCAGGAGAUUGCCUACUCACCCACCGCGAGGAUAUGGAACGCGCUUGUGCGGAUCAUGUCCUACCUGAACUUCACGAAGGACUUCGGCAUCACCUACGUACGGGGUUCAGGACAAGACCAAAGCGUGUUUGUCGAUGCCAGCUACGCUGACAACGAAGUAGACAGGCGUUCUACGACCGGGCUAGCUGUGACCGUAGGUGGUACCGUAGUGUGUGCAUCAACCAAGGCGCAGCGAGUGUCGGCUCAGUCGACCUCGGAAGCAGAGUAUAUGGCAGCCGGGGAGGGCGUGAGGGAGGCGUUGUUUGUGCGUGGCGUUCUGUCGUUCAUAGCGCCCGAGACGAGUGAGGCGAAGAUCAAGGUCCUUGAGGACAACAAGGGGGCUCUCGCCUUAAUCGAGAACCCGUUCAGCUCAGCGAGGAGCAAGCACAUCGACGUGCGGUUCCAUUAUAUUCGCGAGCUAUUCAAGUCGGGCAAGAUCACUGCAGAGUAUGUUCCGACUGGAGAGCAGCACGCCGACAUGCUGACCAAGGUCCUUGGCAGAGAGAAGUUUGAAUACCACCGGAAGGCUCUGAUGAACCUACCGAUAUAG